AAAGAAGGCCGUAAAAGAUCGGAAUCGGAUUAGGAAUCGCGGAAUACUAACCAAGCAAAAAAAAAUGGUGCUCGACAUUAAGAUGUGCCGCUUCGACAAUGUGCCCUGGGGCUUUCGCCUCGUGGGCGGCUCGGACUACGACUAUCCCCUGAUGGUGGUUAAGGUGACCGAGGGCAGCAUCGCCGAAGAGGCUGGACUGCGAGUGGAGGACAUCAUCGUACGCAUCAAUGACACGGCUGCCACGCCCCUAACCCACGACGAGGCCCACCGGCUCAUCAUGAACAGUGGGAGCGUCUUUUACUUUGGCGUCUACCGAGAGAACGAGGAGGACGCCUACGAGUGCCUCCAGAAGUUUCCCACGAGCGAGGGUUCGUUGACCAAGUCGCCCACGCCACUGCUAAGGCCAUCGCCGACUCCGUCACCGUCUCAACCUCAGACUCUCACGCUGCUCCAGCUGACGGAAGCCACAAAUGCCCGUACUCCGGAACCGGAGACCCAUGUUCCUGCAGCUGCUGAUGCGCCAGCAGCUCCUGCGCUGGAAUUCGCUGCCGUUCAAGCGGUGGAUGUGAGUGUCACGGCGGAAUGUCGCCCAGCCAUGUCGGAAGUGCAUUCGGAAGACAAUCGCGGGGAUGUGCCAGCUGAGGCGGAAGAAGUCGAAGUCGUAGCAGAAGCCGGAGCUGGGCAAGGGCUCGAAGCAGCUCCUGGUCUUUACUUGCCCGAUUUGCCCGAUCGUCCGUGCUCCGCGCUGUCCGAAAGGGCGGAAAUUAAGCUGGUGGAGGAGGAAAUUGCCGCCGUGCUGUCCGGCGAGUCGGAGGUGCUCAAGGAGCACAAUGUCCUCGGCGUCAAUUUCUAUAGGAUUUUCCCCAAGCCGGGCGUCUGCAUGUCCAGCGACGUCCUGCGCUCGCUCAACGAAGAGGUGACCAAGACGAAGCUGGAGAAGGACAAGGAGAACCGCAAAUGGUCCACCUUCCUUCAGAGACCCAACCGGCCGGUGCCCAAGAGCAAGCAGCAGCUGGAGGCAGAGCGAAGGGCGGCCAAUGCCUACAAGGUGACGAUUGUCAAGUCGGCGCCACGCGACAAGUCGCCCAUGCCGGAAGCUAAGCCGGCGCCAAAGGAAGCUACGCCACCCAAGGAGGAGGAGAAGGAGGAGGAGGUGACGGUGGCGGUGCCGGAACCAGAGCCUGAGGUCGAAAAGGAGGAGGAACCGCUGCCCACGGACAGUGAGGUGCCGAAUCUGGAGCAGCUGCCUGAGAGCGAAUUGCCACCGGACGAGCAGCCGGAGAAGGGCGAUGCCGAGAAGGAGGCCUCACCGGAAGAGGCUUCACUGGCAGGCACCGAGGCUGGUGAAGCAACCGCGGUUACCGGCGAUCCGGCAUCUCCUUCUCCUCCGACCGAGCCCAUAGCUCCACCUAAAACCGAGGAAGAACUGGCCCUAGAACGGCAGCUGGCGGAUGUCCAGAGGCAACUGGCAGCCCUCUCCUCGCUGCCCUCCACCAUACAGUCCACCCUGGAUGCGGUGACCAAGCAGCUGGCCGAAUUGCUGCCCACCUUCAAGCUGCAGCAGCAGGAGAGGCGGGAGAGCCAAGAGGGUCAGGAGCUACCGCAGAUCGAUGAAAAAACCGGCAGCGAGCCGGAAGAGGAUGAUGCAGGCAAAGCCAUAUCCAUAUCUGGCACCGACAAGGACAACCAGGCGAACAACCAUUGCCCAGCGGGGCCAUGUGAGAGUAAUGAGGAUAGAUGCGAUGCCAAUGACCGGGAAGUUGCGGAAAUUUCGCGCUCAACUGACGACAAUCGCCUGGCCAAGGACAAGAGCAAGGAUACGGAUGCGGAGAGGGACUGGGCCGAGCAGCCCGUGUCCGAGGAGCAGGGCUUCAGGAAGCAGAAGAGACACGAUGUCAUCGAGGAGCUCGAGGAGCAUCUGGUGCGCAAGAACAAUCCCCGGCGGUCGAAGCGCGCCUUUGGUCCUUUGGUCCCAUCCUCGGAGCGUCCGCUGGUUCUACCCGGCGGCCGGCGCUGGUAUCGUCCCAAGGAUGCCUACAACGAUGAGUUCAUUGCCGAGACCCUGAGCGCCCAAGCAGAGCUCAUCACGGGCAGCACUCUCGGGGUCAACUUCAUGAAGUACCAGAAGCCGGAGCGCAAAAUCGAUCUGAAUCGCAGCGAGGUGUACAAGUAUCUCAAUCCGCAUCUGGACAGGGCGCCCGUGCGUGGCAUCGAGGUGCGUGCCCCGCUGGUGGCCGCCGAGUCUGAUAUUCGCCAGUCACUGCAGUCGUAGGAAACAGGGAGAAGCCACCUGUACCAGCUCCAGAACAAGAACCAGCACCAGAACCUCCCUCCGAAUGCCACAAUACAAGCCAAUCUUAUAGGUACACACAGAGAAAAACAAGGGAAUUGAAGUUGGAUGUUCCCAAACAAAGCAGAGAUUCAUUGUGGUUGAUUACGAAUAAAAUACAAGUUGUUGAAGACUUAAAAAAAUCAUAUUUAGUGCUAAAUUAAUUCUCCCUUUUCUCUUUCAAGAAAAUUACUAUUAAAAGUAUUUAAUUUGAAAUUAUUUCACCUAAUUUUUGUUCUCUGCAUUGUCUGAAAAGGGUCUUAAGUAAAUAAAUGGUGAUUGUACAUUAGGAGAGUUACACUUGUUCAGAGCAG